UUCCAUUCUAACCCUAAUAUUUCAGUCGACGAACGAAAGCAUUUCUUGCCUUCUACAAGUUCACAACCAGGAAGACAUGUCAACGUCGAGUGUUGAUUCUAAUGACAGCCAUCUAGAAAAAGUUCAACAAGCCCUCGCGAGAAUGGUAUGCAACGAGGGAGUGCGACCUCAAUCGUUUUGCCAUGAUCAUCAACCUUUCGGGCGAUUUAUUGAUACCCUGAAUCCGAAAUUGCGUUCUUGCCUCACCUUUAAGUCCCUUGAACAAAACUGCAUGAAAAUAUACAAGGUAGAGCAAGAAAAGGUGAAGGAAACUUUCUCUAAACUUGGUCGGAAAAUUAGUCUCUCAGUAGAUUUACUUUUACAUGAGAAGUUUGAUUCAGUCGAUGAAUAUGUUUGCAUAAGUGCCCAUUUUAUUGAUGAUGAUUGGAAGUUAAAAAAGUGGGUUGUUGAGUACUGUCGUGAUUUUGAUACCGAUAUCAAUUUCCCUAAUAAUGCCAUUUUAAAGUCUUUGAAAGAGUAUGACAUUGAGGACAAAUUACUGAAUUUGACUGGUGCAGAAACUGGUCCCUUGGCUGAAUGUGUGAAGGUACAUUUACAAGACAUUACAAGUUUCCCACUAGACGGGCGAUUGUUUCAUGUGCAAUGCAGCUGUGAUAUGAUCAGUCGUAUGGUUAAGAAAGGAUUUAAGCUAAUUAGCGUAAUAAUCGAUAAGGCUGAGACGGUAAGCAUGUCCAAGCCCUUGCCCUUGUGGCAUCUUACUAGUUCUAAGCUCUCAGAAGUUUUGAAGUCUAAAGUUUUAAGGAAGAAAGUACUGUCAUCAGAGGAACGGGAAAAGGCCAGGACCGUCUGUGCGAUUGCUGAUAGAAUUUAUGAAAUUGUGAAAGGAUUGUUUGAAGUUAAGAGUCCAACAGCUAAUAUCUUCCUACCUCAUAUGCAAGAGAUUCGGGCUUACCUUGCUGAACAGUCUGCUAGUUCAGAUGCAUUUGUGAAGCUUGUGACAAAGAAAAUGUGCAAGGUUUUUGAUAAGUAUUGGGAUGAUACAUUUUUAGUUCUUUCAAUUGCCGCAUUUUUGGAUCCUCGUUAUAAAAUGAAAUACGUGGAGUUUGUUCUGUGUGACGAGUCAAAGGCUGCUGUUGUUUUAAACACCAUUCGAGAGCUGUACGAUGGGUAUGUGGUUCAACCAAAGGAGUAUGAAUUAAGCGAGUCUAGUUCUGAGUCUAGUGACGAGGAUGAGGGUGAGGAAGGAGAAGAGGACGAGAUCAAGGAAGUGGAUGUAAGGUCUAAUGAAUUGGUUAAGAAAAGUCGUGUCAACAUUCUCGAGACUCUGAAUGGGCUGAAAGAUUACUGCGAGUCGAUGCAACCUAUGGACGAUAGUAUGGAUGUGAAGUCGGAUUUGGAUUGGUAUCUGGAAGAGCCGGUUUUUCCGUGGAAGGGGAAUUUCAGUGUGUUGCAGUGGUGGAAAGACAAUCGCUACAAGUAUCCCCGGCUUGCUAGCAUGGCUCGCGACUUCUUGGCUAUUCCUUUGACUGUCGCGACUUGUUCUAAAGCAUACUACACCGAGCCUAGGGAUGCAGAUAAGACAGUGGUGUCUCUGAAACCUGACCUGAUGAAUGCCUUGAUGUGCACCAGGAGCUGGAAACCGGGUUAUGGAAAUGAUUUAAGAUGGUAUGCAAUAAGGGAGCUUUUUUUAGGUAUCAUUCCAUUUAUGCCAUCUAAGUGAAUAUCCUCUUGAACUUUGAUAUCUGGUGUUUUGGUGCAGCUUCUGUUUUCCAGCCAUAAGUUUUUGUUGAAAGUGAAUGUAGGGGUAGCAAGUAACAACUAACAUACAUGAAGGAAGGCUUCUAUUUUUGGAAAAUAUGUAGGAAAUUGGAUUAGUACUGAUUUUGUUACUGAUAUGGAGUACUAUGUUUAGUAUAUCUCAAAUU